AUGAGCGAACUUUUCCCGUUAGAGCGUCUCCCCGAUGAGUUAAUUCAGGAAAUAUUCUCACAUUUGCCGCAGGGAGAAAGAUUAAAACUAUGUCUCAUAAAUCGGCGUUGUCACGAAAUUGCUAUGCAUUUGUUGUAUAGUCGGAUAUACUUGAAUGACUCGAAUGUGGUGAAGAGCGAUUAUAUGGAUUUGGCUGUUAACUGGACUAUUUUGUAUAUUCCUUCGUUUCUACAAGAAGAAGACUCUCGAAAGGUGGCGAAUGAGAAGUUAAAGAAGCUUAUAAGCACUUUCCGGUCUAAUUCCAAAACGUUAAAUAUGGUGCAGUGGGUCAGAGUUAACUGGGAUUUGAAUCCGGCGUUGCAGAAAACUGUAUUAUCACUGUUGUGCAACAGGUCUAAAUCUUUACACAGACUUGAGAAUGUGACGGAUCCUGAUUGCAAUGACAUUGUGGCAUUAGGAAUAAUGUCUAGAAAAAACUUGACUAGUUUUGAUAUGGCACCGCCAAAUUCUUUACCGGAACGUCCAGUCUCGGAUAGUUAUAUGCCAAGUUUAUCAAAAUACUUGCGGCGGCGUAUUUCGUGCAAACUUUCACAUAUGACGUUAUUUAUGGAUCCCGUACAAUUGUUCAACUGCAUCUAUCCUUUAGAACAUAAGUUGCAGAUAAAAGAUUUAAAGUUACAUUGGCGCCGUGAAUUUUAUCCCCAUAAGGAAUUUAAACUACGGAGGAAUAUCCCGUUAAUGAAGUUGUCUGAAGUAUUUGACAUCCGGGCGUUGAAGGUGUUGACAAUUAUAUCGUGGCACGAGUCGUUGUCUAAUAGAGAACUGCAAAUGCUCCAUGAGUUUGAGGAUUUUGAAAACAUCGAGGAUCUAUCUUUAAUUGCAGUGGCGCAGGAUAAUUUAGUUCUCAUUGGUCUUUUCAAUAGAUUGACUAACUUGAAGAGAUUGAAAAUGGAUUUCUUAGAAAAUUAUGUCUCUCAGGCUACAAAGCCUGAGAUUUUUCUAUCAAUCUUGAUCAGUUGUAAAAAGUUACAAUUUCUUGAUAUUAGGUUUGAUGCAUUGGAUUCACCUAUAAUAUCUGUUCAUAAUGAUAGAUACCAAAUACUGCGUAAAUGCAAUUGUACCAAGUGUGAAAAGACGCAUGAGGAAAUUAUAUGUGGUAAGAUCUUUUACUAUGCAGAUGAUAUUAAGGCGUCAGAAGUUGAAGAGUUAUCCCCUAAGGACAUCUUUACUAUGAUGCGACUUCAGUCGUUAUUGCCAUAUUCUAAAGCCUGCGAUUCAUAUCCAAGUGUCAGAACUCAACCCAUGAAUAUGGAUCAGUUUGUUCAGAUAAUGAACCAAAGUAUGAUACAAUAUAGAAAAUCUAGAGGACAACUUAAGGAUGUUCCAGUGGGGAUUGAUGGUGAAUUAGAUUUCGAUGCAGCCUUACGGCUCCUACCGCACGCGCCAUUCACAAAGCAGGAUGUUAUAGAUUGUUUUCAUACAUUGAUUCACCAUUAUCAAAGAACUUACAUUACGUUACUUUCCGAGUUCCCUCUAUUAAGAUUCUUAAUGUUAAAUGAUAUUCCGACGAUGAUUGUAGAAGAAAAUUCGGAAAGAAUCCCACAUCCCGUAUUUUUUCAUGAGGGAUAUGUAUCAAAUCUACAUGGGUGGACCCAAACGUUUAAGAGACGUAACAGCGAUGAUAGUAAAAACAUCUUAACAGUUAACAGGCAGGUUACCUUAUGUUAA